CUGCUCUAACGUACAAUCAUGAGUGGUCGCGGCAAAGGUGGAAAGUCUCGAGCGAAGGCAAAGACUCGAUCUGCUCGUGCUGGUCUUCAGUUCCCAGUUGGUCGUGUGCAUCGUCUUCUACGCAAGGGAAAUUACGCUGAACGCGUCGGUGCUGGAGCACCCGUCUACCUGGCGGCUGUCCUCGAGUAUCUGGCUGCCGAAGUACUCGAAUUGGCUGGCAAUGCCGCGCGCGACAACAAGAAGACCCGUAUCAUCCCUCGUCACUUGCAAUUGGCCAUCCGCAACGAUGAGGAGUUGAACAAAUUACUCGGUGGUGUUACCAUCGCCCAGGGUGGUGUCCUGCCUAACAUCCAGGCUGUGUUGCUGCCAAAGAAGACCGACAAGGUGAAGGCCUAAGACCAUCGGUGUGUGGCUUGAGAGCCAGAGAACGUGAAACCGGCCCUUUUUAGGGCCACCACAUGUUGAUCUCAGUAUUG